UUUUUUAAUCAGAAAAAACAAAAAAUUGAACACGUGACCUUCUAAAUUCCUGUUUUAAAAUAAUAGUAUAGAUUAUUUUAUUUUAUUUUAUUAAAAAAAAAAAAAAAAAAGUAAAAAACGGUCUCUACAUUUGAAAAACAAAACGGUCAUCGGCUUAAACAAACUCGGCGGAAAACGAACACAAAAUUUCAGUCAGUCACUCACUCAAACCCACAUCCAUCUAACGGUCACCUGUUUUCUUCUCUCAACUCAGGCAUUCUUCUUUUUUCUUUUUUCUUUUUUCUCUCCAAUUUCUUUGUCUCAUUUUUGUUUGCUCAAGUUUUCUUCAAAUGGCGAGCAAUUUGAAGCCAUUUACCCCUGCGAAAUCGGCAAAAUCGAGCACCAAAGUAUCCAAAGUACGAGUAAUUGUUCGAGUACGCCCAUUUCUCUCUCAUGAAAUUGCAUCAAUCAGUAAAGAUUCAGUUCCAUGUGUCUCAACUCUGACUGAUAAUGGUGGGUUGGAUUUUGAUCAUGAAGUUUCCAUUCAUCUCAAAGAUCAAGAAACCAGUCGACAAGAAUGGUACAAAUUGGACGGAUUUUUUGGGGAAGAACAUGAUAAUGUUGUAAGGAUUUUUGAAAAAGAAGUGAAGCCGUUAAUUCCUGGGAUUUUUCAUGGGUGCAAUGCUACUGUCUUUGCUUAUGGUGCUACUGGUAGUGGAAAAACUUAUACUAUGCAGGGGACGGAUGUGAAACCAGGGCUGAUGCUACUAGCCAUGUCAACAGUUUUAUCCAUGUGCCAAGCUACAGGAAACUUUGUCGAGAUAUCAUAUUAUGAAGUGUACCUAGAUAAGUGCUAUGAUCUCUUGGAGCUCAAAGAAAACGAGAUCUCAGUGUUAGAUGAUAAAGAGGGGCAAACCCACCUAAGAGGACUGUCUCGAGUCUUUGUGACUUCAAUGUCCGAGUUCCAUGAUGUGUUUGCUCGUGGCAUCCAAAGACGUAAAGUUGCUCAUACUGGUCUCAAUGAUGUGUCGAGUAGGAGCCAUGGAGUGCUUGUAAUCACAGUUUCUAAACCUUCUGAUCAAGGACUGGAGACUAGCAUUACUGGGAAGCUGAACCUUAUAGAUUUAGCAGGUAAUGAAGACAACAGAAGGUCUGGUAAUGAAGGAACCAGGUUGCAAGAGAGUGCUAAGAUCAAUCAAUCACUGUUUGCUUUAUCGAAUGUCAUUUAUGCUUUGAAUAACAACAAACCCCGGGUUCCAUAUAGAGAAACCAAGUUGACUCGCAUACUGCAGGAUUCUCUUGGGGGGACUAGUCGUGCGCUGAUGGUAGCUUGUCUGAAUCCAGGUGCUUAUCAAGAGGCAGCCCAUACUGUUAGCCUAGCAGCUCGCUCUCGAGAUGUCUCCAAUGUAAUUUCCAAAGCGCAAAAACAAGAAACCCCAAAGGUAAAGAUUGAUAUGGAAAAAAAGUUGCAAUCAUGGCUUGAAUCUAAAGGAAAGGUAAAGAGCUCUCAAAGAAAGAUAGCAUUUGGUUCUCCCAUUUUCCAUAAGUCCCCUGGUAGCAUUAGUUCUAUAAAGAAACAAGCAGUGCCACAUAGCUCUUCAAAGGCAAAAGUUGCAAAUCAAGGAGUUACCGUGAAAGACAGUUUCUUGUCUGUGCCUCAAUGGAAAUUGUUUUCCCCUGAAGCUUCAUCUGAAUCUUGCAAAGUUGAUUUAUUGCAGAGUGUUUGUGUUCAAGAAUUAGAGGGUUUGAAAGACUUAAGCCUGAAUGAAACAGAAGUUCUGACAGUGCUUGAAGAUAGGCAGUUCAACAACAAAUCAACACCACAAAAAUUUGAGGACUCUCAUUGUGUCUUUUAUAAGCUGAAGGACCCUGUUGCUGAGGAUAGUCUACAUCAAUCAAUGAUGAAUUCAACCAGUUUUGAAUCAACAACCUGUUUGCCUGAUGAGCUUCUAGAGGAUGAUGAAUGGGAAAAUAUUAGAGCUGGAAACUUGACUCAAUCUCCGCUUAACAGGCCCAAAAUAAUGGCAUGUCAGAGUCCACUGAGGAAAGCUCUAUCCCUGGUUGAUUCCAAUAUAACCAGACUGCCAGUCGAGGAAGUUUCAUCAAGAGACAACGUGCUCUCACUGCUAUUUGAGUCCAGUGCUCCAAAAACUCCUUUCGUUGUGACUCGUGAUAAGUUUCAAGAUUUUGGCACUCCACUAGAUAAAUUUAAUGCACGUAGCUCUAAUAUGAAGAGCUAUUUAGCCCAGGAGUAUAUUGAUUUCCUCAAUACUGCAACAAGGGAGGAACUUGUGGAACUGAAGGGCAUUGGAGUAAAGAGGGCGGAGUACAUCAUCGAGCUUAGAGAAUCCAGUGCACUGAAAUCGCUGAAUGAUUUGGAGAAAAUUGGUCUUUCGUCAAAACAGGUCCAACAAAUGUUUAGCAAAGCUGCCAAGGAUAUAUUUGCAUGAAAAGACUAGCAAAGUACGAUGAUGCUGUAAAGAUUCUUGUAUAUCAGGCUUACAGACAAAUAUGUUUGUAUCUUGUACAUUAUCCAUGAUUCUGAAGAAUGUUGUUCUUGAUCAUUUAUAUUUCUUGUUUUUAUAAUCUGUGUGGAAUUCUGUAACAAAAUUGGUUGUAUAUAUGAAUUUAUUCCUUGAA